UCUAAAAAGGAAUAAGAAAAAUUUUAAAAUGGCAUCAGGUGACGAUAUGGGCGAUGCUUCAAAAAUUCCACUACCUGAAAAAGACAAUAAAGAAGGAAACCAUCAUGACAAAGUCGACAAAAUUACCAUACCUGCAGGUGAUCCAAUGUCUACUGAUGGAGUAAUCAACAAGCGAAAUGCGACUCCUGGUCCUUCAAUCGUAGGUGGUGAAAAUCUAAAUCAAAUGCAGCACAUUAAUAAAAGGAAUAACAGACCUAGAGCCGGACGCUGGGUUCAGUCUAGACAAAAUCGAGGCAUAAAAAGAAGACAACGAAACACAGCUAACAAUGUUGCUAAUUUAUUCAUUCAGAUGGCUAACACAAUUUUUGCGCCCAAUCAAAGAGGUCGCUCUAGAGGCUACAAUAAUAGAAGAUAUAACAAUAGAGGCCGCAAUAAUCGAAAUUACUUUAGAGAACAUCAAGGAGGGCAUAACAACAGAGGAAAUAACACUAGAGGACGUUCAUUUCAAAAUCAGGAAAACAAUAAUAAUUAA